AUGAUGGUUGCAAGGGGAGUGUCAGAACCUGCCUACAUCAGCCUACCACCGGGAUUGCGGCUUUCCGUUGAGCCUCCAGAGGAUGUGCCCUUGCCGCAGGACACUCCAUGCAAGGUUGACCCCGCCACGGUCUCAACCUCUCCGGGCGAAGAUGCCUCCGAGUCCAGUUUGUCCCACAACUGGCAACCAACGGAGGGUAGCCUCGGGCACCCGGAGCUCUGUCAUCGCCCAUGCUUAUUCUUUGCUCGCGAACGAUGCCAAAGUGGAAGCGAAUGUCGAUAUUGCCACCUCGAUCAUUCAGACCGUCCAGCUGGCCUCGAUAAAAGCCAGCGUCAGGCGGUGAAGUUGCUCUCGCAGGGUCAACUGCUUUCCUUGCUUCUACCUCACUUGCAGACGCGUGCAGAAGAGAGAGGCUUCCUUGAGGAAGCAGAGGACAUCCUUCAACUAGCAGGGCAAAGCUCAGAAGAACCGAUAGCCAUCUCAAACACACUGCAGCGGAAGCUUCACAAGGUCUUUCGGAAGAUGAGCUUCUCAGGAAUGUUGGGCCUUAUUCGUCAGGCAAUGACCGAAGGAGAAGCCGAAGAGCUCUCUGCCGCCACAAACCGCUUGCGGACAAGUUUGAGCGCUCGUCAGAGCAUUUGGGCAGCUGCAGGAGUUCGGGCGGUGGAGGGCAAUUCCAAGGGUGUGAAGAAUGCGCCGGCAC